AUGGAUGAUUCAAUAAAUCUCGAAGAUGUCGAUGAUUUCGCAAGUCCACCACCAGUUCCAUCAAGCGAUAUUGGCUUAGAUGGACAACCAACAUUUGUACCAAACGACGCCAUUUUAGAUGAUUCAGGUGUUGAAAGGCCUGACGAAAUUAUGGAAGAUGUUAUUUCUACAGCUCCAGAUGGUACACCACAAGAACCAGAGAAACCAACUGAGCCAGUUUCAGAACACGGUACAGUUCGUAGAUUCGCCACAAUUCUUAACUUACUCAACUCACUUCUCGGUGCCGGUAUUCUUGGUGUUCCAGGCUCCAUGACGCAUGUCGGCCUUGUACCAUCAGUUCUCAUUAUUAUUCUUAUUGCCGUUUUAUCUCAUAUAGCCACCCUUUUAACAAUCAAGCUCCAACGUAGAGUUGGCGCUGAAGGCUUCGAUGAUCUCGCCUAUAAGGUUUUCGGCAAAUUCGGAUCAAUUUCUCUCUCAAUUAUGAUUAUGCUCUUCUCGUAUUCCUGCAAUGUCGCUUAUCUCGUCAUCGGCACAGACUCAGUUGUUUCCUUCUUCAGAAUGGGCAAGAUUAUCCUUAAUAAAAUCUGGCAGCGCGCCAUUGUUACAGUUAUUCUAUGGGCUGUCUUCCCAGGUGCUCUUACAUUCCUCAAGGAUAUCACAUUCCUUCAAUAUGCUUCAUUCAUCAACUUCGGAUGCGUCACCUUCUUUGUUAUUGCCAUGAUCGUCAAAACAAUCCAAAUUCUCCCGAAGGAAGGCGUUAGCAAGGACAUUACCUUUGGCACAUUUGGCAUUGGUAUCUUCUCUGCUAUCUCUAUCUACGGCCUUGCCUUCGCCCUUCCUGUCGUUGUCCUUCCAAUUAUCGAACCAUACAACAAGAACAUUCGCAAGCGUGGUAUCGUUUCACUUUGGUCAUUCAUCCUUUGCUGCUUCUUCGUUGCCGUCCCAGGUAUCCUCUGUUACCUCAUGCUUGGGUCAGAAGCCGGAUCAAAUGUCCUCAACGCUUUCGCCGCAAAGGAUCCAAAGGACUACAUCAUCACUGUUGUCCAGGCAGCAUUCCUUAUCGUCGUCUGCUGCUCCUAUCCAGCAGUUGCUCAGUCACUUAUUUGCUCUUGGGCCGCACUCAUCUUCAAAGUCGAUAGUCCAAAGGUUUUAUCUACUCCAAAGCGCUUAAUAUGCGUUGCAAUGGCCAAUGUCAUUCCACUCGGACUCGCCAUGUUCCUUCCGAACGUUGGACCGGCUCUCAGCAUCGGUGGUGCUUUCGGUGGAUGCUUGGCUGACUUCUUCUUCCCGCCAGCAAUGUGGGUGAAGAUUUCGAAGAAACCAAUCUCUCAUUGGCAAAAUAUUCUUAAUAUUAUCUUCGCAAUCUUUGGUAUCAUCUGCUGCAUCAUUGCUACAACAUUGGCCAUUAUUGAUUGUAUUAAGGCUUUCAAGUAA